AUGGUCCCAUUUACUAGUAAAGGCUCUGAUAUUGCCAGUAAUGACUCCUGUCAAUACUCUAAUUUCAGCUUUGCUCAGCCCUUGUGUGUUAUUGUUAUUGUUGGAUUUGAUCAAGAUAGAGAUGGCCUAAAUGAAGAUAUUUCGGCAAUUAAGGAUGCAUUCUGCGAGCAUUUUAACAUUAAACUGGAGAUGUUAAUCAACGAAAAUCGUAAAACAAUAAGUGACAAAUUUAGCUCGUUUCACACCGACGACCAAUGGCUAGAAAUAUUUAGAAAUGCACACUUCGUUGCCGUUUUCUGCCUCUCCCACGGCACUGCAGAUGGUCAAAUUGAACUCAAGUCCAAAAACGAAAUAAGCGAUGCCCGACGAUUACUAUUAUGUCCCCUAUUCAAAAUCCAAGAAUUGGAUUAUAAACUGAAAUGGUUGGUGGUUCAGGCAUGUCGUGGUGAACUAAAUAAUUAUCGACCAUUGCAAAAUGAUGGUGAGGACCAAGUAUAUCCCAAUCAUCAUUUCAUUUCGUAUUGUACUGGUGAAGGUACGGAGAGUUUUCAGCGUGGCACUGGCGGUAAAGUGUACAUCCAAGAGCUGUGUAAAGAAAUCAAAAGGAAUAUACGAGAGAAACGAUUAUACGAUAUGAUAGAAAGUGUUAACACAAGGAUUGGAGAGUUUGCCAAGACACAAGGUUCGACGACCUUUCAAAAACCUGCAUUCAAAUAUAGCUAUGAGGAUUACACUUUCUUCUGA